CCACUUUCUCUAUUCGCGCCCUAUCAAGUUCGGUUUCCUUAUCUUUUACUUCAUGGAUACCACGAUAAGUUCUUUUUUGAAACUGCUGCCAACUGUUGAACUUGACAUGUAAAAUCGCUAGAUACAAAUUUAUUCAAAUGCCGACGACAAGAUGCGCAGGGGAGGGAAGUCAAGGACGGACUCGUUUAGCAAUUGUGUUAAUUUUCAGAACGAGGUCAAUUGCCUUACUAACCGCGGUAGAUUCCCGCCGUUACGUCAACUCGCACUUUUAACACGAGGACGUAAUCUGCGAAUGACUUAACCUAGCUUCGUGGGUAUGCGCAAUACCCUCUCCUCUGCUGUGCACGUUGAAAUUAAAAGUCCGUCUGUUCGAAAGAAUGAGACCUGUCGUGUCGUUCCGUCGUAGCUGAUGCACAUGUCAUUAUAUAUCAUAACCAGUACGUCGAAGUUACGGCGACACGACGAAAUCGUUGAUCAGAUUUGAUUAACAAAGAGCACCGACAUACUUAACCUCAAAAGCUGCUUCCAACGCUUCGUAGGCGGUCGCCUACAUCUCAAGGGAAACAGAUUCACGUACCGGUGCCGCUUGAGCUGGUAAUUGCGCGAGAUUUUGCUAAAUUGAGCGAAGCGACCGUUGUGUGCGUACAUCUGAUAUUCACGAUCUUGAUAUGACAGAAAUUUCACGAACUGUCAAACGCUCAGCUGAGUUCGACAUCGGGACAGUGUAGACGUUCGCGCACCGUUGACAUAAAAUGCGUUUGCAUCGAGUGCCGUAACAAUGCGCGUCAGGUUCGUUAGGGCGGUCCUGGUGCUCGCGCUGUUGGGAAACAUUAUCGUCUGGCACAAGAUAUGGCGAUUGUUCACGGCGCAAAAUACUCUGCGUCUGCUGACGCCGAGCGUCACCACGAGCGAGCCGCCGCAGAAGUUGCACCACCACCUGGCCCGGCUGGUCACCAUCGUCAUCAGGCAGUUCGAAAGCUUCGAGAACGACGUCGCGUCCGUGGUGGAGUCCGUACUGAACUCCUUCCCGGCGAUACCGAUCCUCAUAGUCUGCGACGAGCUGCCCUAUCCACCUUUGGAGCUGGACUUUGCCAAUGAAAGCAUGAGGAAUGUCAGAUUGAUCAGCUUGAGACCUGAAUUUAACAAGUCCUUCGAGGAGAGGAAUCCACUGUACUAUAUACGCACUAAAUUUGUCAUGUUCUUGCCUGAUGCAACGAGACUGUCGACUAAGCAGACCAUUCAGGAAACCAUCUCGCAGGUGCCAAAGUUAGGAAUAAUUAUUGUGCCAGUGGGAAAGAUUACUUUGCAUUGUCUUAAGUUAGAUCUGAGGGUGAAAGAGUGGACUUUGAAAGUGACACGAGUUUCAGGAACAGAAUGUGAUAGUGUGAUGGGCAAACAUGUGACUAUAAUCGAUACUAAGAUCUUGAGGAAACUCUCAGAUCCUUUCUUGCUACCCUUCACAGAUGCACUGUACAUCCAAACAACAGCUGUAGGUGCAAAGAUACAUAUAUUGAAGGGUUAUCAAUUUAACGAGGGGAAACCAUUGUACAGAAACCAGCAGGCGCAGUUCAAGGUGCAGCAGUUGCAUCGCACGCGAGAACGGCUGAUGUUCGAGAAAUUGGGGAUAAAGAAGAUCACGAGAGCUUCCGGUUCCGUGGAGUCGUACGGCUGUUCGCGGGAAACCGCGAGGUGUUUCGGCUCUGUGAUAAACGGCGUACCGUCGUAUCUCUACCAGGGUCGUUACACGCCGCCUUGUUGCUUAGCCGGAUUAAGAAGGGUGACCCACCACGUGAUUGACAAGCUUGAGGAAGUGGGCAUUCGCUUUUGGUUGGAGGGUCAGUCGCUGUUAGGCGCGAUGACGAGCGGCGACAUUCUACCUUGGGAUCAUGAGGUACAAAUCGGACUGAAUCGAGAUGACCUGGCGAGGUCGCCGUGGUUGGUCAGAGCCAAAAACAAACCGGUGGUUGACGACGACGGCUUCGUCUGGGAGAAGGCGACAGAGGGCGAGUUCUUCAAGGUGCAGUACUCCAAGGUGAACCGUCUGCACGUGAAUUUGCUGCCGUUCUACGCGCACAACGGAUCUAUGACGAAGGACGCGUGGUUCCUGAGAAACGGCGACUUCCCGGAGCAGUUUCUCCACCCAAUGUCGAGCAUUGAGUUCGCCGGUAGACAAGUACCGUGUCCGAAUAAUAUCAGGGACUUUCUUGAGCUCAAGUACUUCAAGGGUGUGAUAGAGAAUCCGGAGUUGCCUGGCAAAUUUAUCCUCGAUUAGUCCAUUCUGAUUAAUUGCUCGUGAAUCGCUCAUAGAUAGCGACGUGGUGAUCGUUACUUCACUUUACACGUCAGAUGAUACUUCAGGAGCUAAGUCGCAUUUAGUGCUGUCGAAUUGAUAAACGUAUCUAACGAUACUAGGAAUUCCUAUCUACGCGCAUGAAGACAUUAACAUCCGAGUAAAGAUUACAACUUGACAUUUUUGCAACGUUUCCUCGUGUAUGGGAACCGACAUUUCUAUUUGCCUUAUUUAGCGUCACCUUCAGUGAGAAGUCACGACAAAUAAUUGUUAUCGAGGUCGUUAUCUUUAUAUCUCUCUGAGUAAUUCGGCUUAGAAUAGGAGGAUUUUCGCGAUCUUCUUCCUUGCAUGGAUCGACCUGUUAACAUUGUGCCAAAUGAAUUUGGUAUUUUCAAUUAGAUCUCGCGGAUAUAAAUGCUAACAUCUUUGCAGUGUAUAUACACACACAUGCACACACCCUUCCAUUAUGUGUAUUAACUUUUUACUAGCUUUUCUAUUGUCUUUCAAUAGAGGUGCUAUAGUCUAUAUUAGAGACUUAAAUAUUUAAUAUUAACGAUUUAAAUUAGAGACCUAGACUCAUAAUAUUUUGAAAAUAUAUUUUGUUUGAUAUAGAGAUAUGAUGCAUUAUAUUUCGAAUAAUUAUGCAAGAUGUCGGAAACAGUUCGUAAAUACACACACACACACACACACACACACACACACACACACACACACACACACA